UGUGUCCGAGACAGCAACGCCGGAUUCGAACAAGGCAUUGGACAGUCGCAACUUCGACAGCUCGAGGGCGACAUUCCGGCGUCCGGAGAAGAGAAAGGAAAAGGAAGGAAGGGAAGGCGAUGGCCCGGGAUGCGGCAGCGGCCGGUGGAGGAGGAGGAGGAGGACACGGUCCGUCCGUCGGAAGAGGUUGCGGCACGAGCGCCUUCGUGGCGCUCUGCUCGUACAUCGUCCUCCUCCUCCUCCUGAUCUUCUCCGGCGCCGCCUCCUCCUUCAACGUCGUCAAGAACUUGCCGGGCUACGACGGCGAUCUCCCCUUCUAUCUCGAAACCGGAUACAUAGGCGUAGGAGAAUCGAACGAGUCGCAGCUGUUCUACUACUUCGUGGAGUCGCAGCGGUCGCCGUCGCAGGACCCGCUGAUGCUGUGGCUCACCGGAGGGCCCGGUUGCUCCGUCCUCUCCGCUUUCCUCUACGAAGGAGGUCCGCUGGGCUUCACUUACGUGGGAUACAACGGGAGCAUACCAUCGCUUCAUCAGAACCCAUACGCAUGGACACAGGGCCUCAACAUGUUGUUCGUGGACGCGCCGGUUGGAACCGGGUUCUCUUACUCCACGACCCCCGAAAACUACUAUACAGACGACUACAAAUCCGUGAAUGAGACGUAUGAAUUCCUGCAAAAGUUUUUGCUCAGUCAUCCUCAAUUUAUUGAGAACAUGCUCUACGUCGGCGGGGACUCGUACUCGGGCAUACCUCUUCCGAUCAUCGUCCAGAAGAUAUUCGACGGAAGCUUGAAUGGUGACGAGCCAUCUAUGAAUCUCAAAGGGUAUGUGCUCGGGAACCCGAAGACAGAUGAUUUUAUCGAUGAUAACUCGAGAAUUCCGUUCGCUCACCGAGUGGCGCUCGUAUCAGACGAGCUCUUCGCCGACGCUAUGCAAGCUUGCGACGCGAAUUAUGUCGAUGUGGAUGCUAACAACACGGAAUGUUUGGAGGACAUCACGGAGAUUGAUGCGUUACUCCUGCAAAUAAAUCUCAUGCAAAUUCUGGAACCGAACUGUCAAACCGCGUAUUCAAGACCGGUCGAAGCAAAUAGAGGAAACAGAAGGAUUCUCGAAGAUAACUACGAAGGCUUUCUUGCUGCGCAGCCUAAUCCCGCGCUUUGGUGUCGGGAGUAUAACUAUGUACUGGCUGGCGUAUGGGCCAACAAUGAGGAUGUCCGAGCUGCCCUCGGUAUUCGAGAGGGCACAAAGGGUGUUUGGAAGAGAUGCAACAGCAGUCUAGCAUACACAAAGUCGGUCUCGAGCAGCGUCCCUUAUCACAAAAAUCUCAGUAACACGAACCUCCGAGCCCUUAUCUACAGUGGCGACCACGACAUGUCCGUCACCUACCUCGGCACGCACUUUUGGAUUUUCUCUCUCAAUCUCACUCUGUCGGACGCUUGGAGGGCGUGGUACGUCAACGGCCAAGUCGCCGGAUAUACAGAAGAGUUCACCCACAACCAGUACACCCUGUAUUUCGCUACCGUGAAGGGCGCAGGGCACGUCGCGCCGGAGUAUAAGGCGAGGGAAUGCUACGAGAUGCUGGACCGGUGGCUUGCUUAUUUCUACUUGUGAUCCGAAGGGGGCGGUUCGAGCCGGCAUGGUCCGAGUCCGAGGCGAAUCCGGGGGGCUACGAGUCGAGACUAGGAGCGCGAUUUAUAAGGUUCGGUCGCCGAACUUUUAGGGAGUUUUUCGAGGAUCGAACAUUUACCAAACGUGUACGGUAACCUCGGAUUAGUUUGCGUUGAUUGAAGAGGAAUGAAAUUGGUAUCAGAACUCUGGAAUAAAACUUCUUACGAUGAUCAGAA